AUGGAAUCCGUAAAACAAAGGGUUUUGACCCCCGGAAAAGAGGGGCUAAAGAAUUUUGCUGGAAAAUCCCUCGGCCAGAUCUACAGGGUUCUGGAGAAGAAGCAGGAUACCAGCGGGGAGACCAUCGAGCUGACGGAGGAUGGGAAGCCCCUGGAGGUGCCCGAGAAGAAGGCGCCAUUGUGCGACUGCACGUGCUUUGGCCUGCCGCGCCGCUACAUCAUCGCCAUCAUGAGCGGCCUGGGCUUCUGCAUCUCCUUCGGCAUCCGCUGCAACCUGGGCGUGGCCAUCGUGGACAUGGUCAACAACAGCACCAUCCACCGAGGGGGCAAGGUCAUCAAGGAGAAAGCUAAAUUCAACUGGGACCCGGAAACCGUGGGGAUGAUCCACGGGUCCUUCUUUUGGGGCUACAUCAUCACACAGAUUCCCGGCGGCUACAUCGCGUCUCGGCUGGCGGCCAACAGGGUUUUUGGAGCUGCCAUACUUCUCACCUCUACCCUAAAUAUGCUAAUCCCAUCAGCCGCCAGAGUGCAUUAUGGUUGUGUCAUCUUUGUUAGGAUAUUGCAGGGACUUGUUGAGGGUGUCACCUACCCAGCAUGUCAUGGAAUAUGGAGCAAAUGGGCCCCUCCUCUAGAGAGAAGUAGAUUGGCAACCACCUCCUUUUGUGGUUCCUAUGCUGGAGCUGUGAUUGCAAUGCCUUUAGCUGGCAUUCUUGUACAGUAUACUGGCUGGUCUUCAGUAUUCUACGUCUAUGGAAGUUUUGGAAUGGUCUGGUACAUGUUUUGGCUUUUGGUGUCUUAUGAGAGUCCUGCAAAGCAUCCUACUAUUACAGAUGAAGAACGUAGGUACAUAGAAGAAAGCAUUGGAGAGAGUGCAAAUCUUUUAGGUGCAAUGGAAAAAUUCAAAACUCCAUGGAGGAAAUUUUUUACAUCUAUGCCAGUCUAUGCAAUAAUUGUCGCAAAUUUCUGUCGAAGCUGGACUUUCUAUUUAUUGCUAAUUAGUCAGCCGGCAUAUUUUGAGGAAGUCUUUGGAUUUGAAAUCAGCAAGGUUGGCAUGCUGUCUGCUGUGCCACACUUAGUAAUGACAAUUAUUGUGCCUAUUGGAGGGCAGAUUGCAGACUUUCUAAGAAGCAGGCAAAUUCUUUCAACUACUACAGUAAGAAAGAUCAUGAAUUGCGGUGGUUUUGGCAUGGAAGCAACCCUGCUCCUGGUUGUUGGCUAUUCUCAUACUAGAGGGGUAGCUAUCUCAUUCCUGGUACUUGCUGUGGGAUUCAGUGGAUUUGCUAUAUCUGGUUUCAAUGUUAACCACCUGGAUAUUGCUCCAAGAUAUGCCAGCAUCUUAAUGGGCAUUUCGAAUGGUGUUGGCACAUUGUCAGGAAUGGUUUGUCCUAUCAUUGUGGGUGCAAUGACAAAGAAUAAGUCACGCGAGGAGUGGCAAUAUGUCUUCCUGAUUGCUGCCCUCGUCCACUAUGGUGGAGUCAUAUUUUAUGGAAUAUUUGCCUCGGGAGAGAAGCAACCCUGGGCAGACCCUGAGGAAACCAGUGAAGAAAAAUGUGGGUUUAUCCAUGAAGAUGAACUCGAUGAAGAAACAGGGGACAUUACUCAAAAUUAUAUCAAUUAUGGUACCACCAAGUCUUACGGUGCCACAACACAGGCCAAUGGAGGUUGGCCAAAUGGCUGGGAAAAGAAAGAGGAAUUUGUACAAGAAGAAGGACAAGACACAUACGUCUAUAAGGACCGAGAUGAGUAUUCAUAA